AUACCUUUCUAUAUAACGUACUCAUCGGCCGUAACAAAGAAUUGGAGUACAUACGACGGUAUAAUGGCUACGAAACCAGGCAUCCUCACCGAUUGGCCUUGGACACCCCUUGGGAAUUUCAAGUACAUAGUAAUAGCACCAUGGGCGGUCCAUAGCACAUACAAGUUUGUGACUGAUGAUCCGGUGGAUCUCGGAUACUCCCUCGUAUUGCCCUUCUUGCUCUUCAGAAUUCUUCACAACCAGGUUUGGAUCUCUCUUUCCCGUUACUAUACAACCAAGGGAAAGAGACGCAUCCUCGACAAAGGUAUCGACUUCAAUCAGGUCGACAGGGAGACCAACUGGGAUGACCAAAUAUUGUUCAACGGAUUGCUGUUCUAUAUAGGGAUCAUGCUGCUGCCGCAGGCAAAGCAACUUCCCUGGUGGAGGACAGACGGAGUGUUGAUGGCUGCGAUGCUUCAUGCCGGGCCGGUGGAGUUCCUCUAUUAUUGGCUCCACAAAGCUCUUCACCACCACUUUCUUUACUCCCGCUACCAUUCCCACCACCACUCCUCUAUCGUCACUGAACCCAUCACUUCGGUGAUACAUCCAUUCGCGGAGCAUAUAGCAUACUUCAUUCUUUUCGCCAUACCAUUGUUGACAACGUUGUUAACGAAAACGGCAUCCAUAGCGUCGUUCUCCGGAUAUGUAAUCUACAUAGACUUCAUGAACAACAUGGGACACUGCAACUUCGAGCUCGUCCCUAAGCGCCUUUUCCACCUCUUUCCUCCACUCAAGUACCUCUGCUACACUCCCUCAUUCCACUCGCUGCACCACACCCAAUUCCGAACUAACUACUCCCUCUUCAUGCCCUUGUAUGACUACAUCUACGGCACAAUGGAUGAAACGUCGGAUACAUUGUAUGAGAAAUCUCUAGAAAGAGGAGAAGAUAGAGUGGACGUCGUGCACUUAACUCACCUGACGACUCCCGAGUCCAUAUACCAUUUACGGAUUGGCUUGGCUUCAUUUGCAUCCUACCCCUUCUCUUAUAGAUGGUUCAUGCGCCUUUUGUGGCCUUUCACAUCUCUCUCCAUGCUCUUCACUCUCUUCUACGCCAGCCUCUUUGUCUCUGAGAGAAACUCUUUCGGGAAGCUCAACUUGCAGUCUUGGAUCAUACCCAGAUAUAAUCUGCAGUACUUGUUAAAAUGGAGGAAAGACGCGAUCAACAACAUGAUUGAGAAAGCGAUACUGGAGGCAAAUGAAAAAGGAGUGAAGGUGCUUAGCCUGGGUCUCAUGAACCAAGGGGAGGAGCUAAACAGGAAUGGAGAGGUGUAUAUUCACAAGCAUCCAGAAAUGAAAGUAAGAGUGGUGGACGGCAGUAGAUUAACAGCAGCCGUUGUGAUAAAUAGUCUACCCAAAUCAACGACAAAAAUAGUGAUGACAGGCAAUCUCACAAAGGUGGCAUACACCAUCGCCUCUGCUCUUUGCCAGAGAGGUGUUGAGGUCUUGACUCUAUUACCUGAAGAGUAUGAGAAACUAAGUUCAUUUGUUCCAAAAGAAUGCAGAGACCGUUUGAUCCUUUUAACCUCUGAAACACUCGCAUCAAACAAGGUAUGGCUGAUGGGAGAAGGAACAACGAGAGAGGAGCAGGAAAUGGCCACAAAAGGAACGUUAUUUAUCCCAUUCUCACAGUUCCCCCUCAAGCAGUUACGAAGAGAUUGUAUCUAUCAUACUCCACCGGCUUUAAUAAUUCCAAAAUCUCUGGUCAAUAUCCACUCCUGUGAGAACUGGUUACCGAGAAAGGCGAUGAGUGCAACUAGAGUGGCUGGCAUAUUGCACGCCUUAGAAGGAUGGGAAACGCAUGAGUGCGGCACAUCCAAUAUUCUUCUCUCAGAUUUGGACCAAGUGUGGGAAGCUUGUCUCAGCCACGGCUUCCAGCCUCUGCUGCUUCCACAUCACUUCCAAUACCCCUGAUUCCCUACUUUCAGAUGAUGAAUAUUGUUUCGGUAAUUGAUCAUAUAUGAUUUACAAUAAGCCUCUAGACAAAGGAUCCAGAAUUUCACCUCUGUAUUCUUAGCUGGUGGUUUCACUCAAUCUAUGGCUGAUGCAACUAUAUGGUUUUCAAGAAAACUUACUAUAUUAUUGCAAUUGCGUGUGUUGUACGUUGCUGAAUAUCUAUUGCUAGUAAUAAUGCUUCUGAAUUCAUAUA